UUCAGUCAACUAACUAUGGGGGUUCUGUCAAAUAAUUUUAAACCCAAUUUUUUGGGUUUAUUAAAAUUUUUGAACAGUAUAAACUUCUUUAUAGUGUUCUUUAGUUUAAUAAACCUCUCCGUGUGUAUUUAUGAGGAUCAAAUAGGAAAAUUUGAUUGGCGUCAAACUUAUGUGGGAAGAAUAAAAUUCUCACAGUUCGAUACAGUUUCAACAGCUAAAAAAAUAAUUGUCGCUACCGAAGAGAAUGUUUUAGCCGCAUUAAACUUAAAGACUGGUCAAGUAGUAUGGAGGCAUGUAUUGGAGAGUGCCUCCACAGGCAACUUUCAGCUCCUCCACGUAACAGAGAAAGUGGUGACUGUGUCUGGAGCCAAUCCAUAUCUGGUCAGAGGGUGGGAUUCAGCUACAGGUGUUCUUCUCUGGGAAUGGUCCCUUACCCUCCAGAAUGACGACCAUGCAGACUUCUCAGAAUGGUGGGUGCAACACAACAUGUUGGUUCACAUGGUGCCCAUCUAUGGAUCCCACAUUGAGGUCACCAUGUACAACUUAAUAACAGGACAAAACCGUGGGUCCACUUCUAAGUUGCCAGCUGUGUGGACUAAUGACGGAUGUGUUCUGACAGCGCCAUAUUACACAUGUGUAGGAAAAGAUCUUAUAUACUCACUUGAUGUUACCUCUAAUGCAGUUCAACUCAUAAGCAAGCCUCUAUCAAAAUAUAUAACUAAUGCAGGAGAAGAAGUAAGCCUUAGGCCUCUAGAUGCUAACAGUAUCUUACCAGGAUUUAUUGUCAAUGAUAAAAAGAUUGUAAUAGUGAAGAAUAACGACUUUCAACUUCUGGAUGUGUCUCUUGGCGAUCAGGCGGCUAGUGCGACCAUUGUGGACAGCUCUAGUGGGCCAUUACUUCUUCAGACUUGGAGUGAUGAAACGAAGGGUUUCUUUUUAACAGCUCACAGUGUAUCAACAGGCCAAGAAGUACCCGAAAUCCAGUGUUCAAACAAGGACCUACAUAUACCUGAGCCAGAGAUAUCUGCUGCCAUGUGUUCAGCAGCAAGAGAGAACCACGUUUGUAGGGUACUGGUGACCGGGGCUGAUGACGCCUCGCAUCUCAUGCAACAAGGAGGUCGUUUGCUGUGGACGCGGGAGGAGGCACUAGCUAACGUAGUGGCCGUGGAAUUCGUCGACCUGCCCGUCUCAGAUCUUGACGCUGCCAUUGAAUCAGAGUUCGAUCAGAAAGAGGGUUCUAUCUGGUCGGCGUUCUCCCGGAGGCUGCAAACGCAGCUACAGCAGUUGCAGGCGUUGCUGCAGGGGCUGCAGGGUGAGAGGAGUGCGGGCGCGGAGCCCGAGCCACUAGUCAGGGACUACUUCAACCUGCACAAGAUUAUUGUUCUUGUCACUGAUGUUGGCAAGAUAUUCGGCAUGGACAACCUGUCUGGCGAGAUCCUGUGGCGGCUGUACGAGCCGCAGCUGGACGCGGACGCCGCCAUUAUAUUCACGCGCCGCUCCGCCCGCCAUCCGCCGCACGACGCCGUGCUCACCGUCGUCGGGAAGCACGAGGAGACGGGUAAUGGGCUAAUCAUUAACCUGAACCCGAUCCGUGGCGUGACCGUGGGCGAGCGGCGGCUGCACUUAGACGCGCCUCUCCUGCAGGUGGCGCUGCUGCCGCGCGCCGACGCGGAUAAGUUGCACGCACUGAUACUGCUGGACGUACACGAAGACGUGCAGGUGUUGCCGUCGUCAGCGGCGCCGCUAGUGCAGGAAAUGUAUAUGUACGUUGCCGAGAAAGAGACCGCCAAGGUACAGGGAUACGCGCUCAGAUACGACGGGGUGCGCGUGGUGGCGCAGCAGACGUGGUCGCUGGCGCUGGGCGGCGGCGGCGGUGGCGGCGGGACGACGCGGCUGGUGCGCGCGCUGGCGGCGGGCGGGCAGGCCGUGGCGGCGGGCAGCGUGCUGGCCGACCGCAGCGUGCUCUACAAGUACCUCAACCCCAACCUCGUGCUCUUCCUCGCGCAGGGCACCGACCCCGUGCACAAAGACGUGGUGUCGGCGUGGGCGGUGGACGCGGUGUCGGGCGGCGUGGUGGCGGCGCAGCAGUCGCGGCGCGCGCGGCUGCCGGCCGCCGCGCCCGCGCUGCUGGCCGGACACUUCCUCGCCUACGUCUACUACAGCGACAAGCACCGCCGCCACGAGAUCGCGACAAUGGAGUUGUACGAAGGCAAGGAGCGGUGGCUGCCGGCGGGCGCGGCGUUCAGCUCGCUGGCGUGCGAGCGCGCGCCCAGCGUGCAGCGGCAAGCCUACAUCCUGCCCGCGGCGCCGCUCGCCGCCGCCGUCACCGUCACCGAGCGCGCGCUCGCCGACAUACACGUGCUGUUGGCGCUGUCGUCGGGCGCGGUAGUGGAGGUGCCGUGGGCGCUGCUGUCCCCGCGGCGGGCGGGCGCGGUGUCGCAGCCGGAGGAGGGGCUGGCGCCGUACGCGCCCGAGCUGCCGCUGGCGGCGGACGCCGUGCUGUCCUACAACCGCACGCUGCACCGGCCGCGCACCCUGCACGCCGCGCCCUCCGGCCUCGAGUCCACCAGCCUCGUGCUCGCCGCCGGCCUCGAUUUGUUCUACACCCGAGUGGCGCCGUCGAAGACGUUCGAUCUAUUGAAAGAUGACUUCGACUACAACCUUAUUACUAUUGUCUUAGCCGCGCUCAUAGUGCUCACAUACAGCACUAAAUACUUAGCGUCGCGGAAAAUGUUACGGAUGGCCUGGAAGUGAUGUUUAUAUUUUAUAUAGUGAGUUACAAUCGAUAAGGGAAUCUGGACUGUGAGACUAGAAUUGUAUGGUUUAAAUUUGUUUGCAGGAAUGCCACUGUGAGGAUUUGAAUUGGACGCCUUUCAUAUAUAUUUCUAUAGGUGACAUAUACAUGUAUAUAAUGUAUAAAAUAAAAAUUUAGUGAAUAUAGUGCCACAAAUGUAAGUUGUGGGCAUCCUAUGUAUUUUUCAAAUUGCUUGAAUAACUUACUCCAAGGAGUGUAGUCGAAAUCUCAAGAUAGCUUUUAAAAUUUCCCAGAAUUCGUACAAGAUAGGUUUAAAAGGAAAAAGAGUUCGACUAUGUGUCUAUAAUCUCAUAUAGAAAGAGAUACUGACAUAUGAACACAACUAGAAGUGCUUAAUAUAAAUAGCAUAUCCCGAAAUCGCCACGCAAGUGAGGUUUGGAGCAAUGGCUAGUCUUAUACAAAUUACAAUUAUAUAUAUUUAUUUAAAAUUUAAAAAAUAUGUGAUGAGCAUACAAAUGUACUUAGGUAUAUAUCACAUAUUUUUAAUUUAACCAAAUUAAGUUGAGCUCAAAUUAAACAUAUGGCACUGUAAUUACAAAAUUAUUAUAACGAUUUGUAUCUAUCUCUUUCAUUUAAAUUGGUAUAAAUGAGAUAGCAAUAUUAGUCGAAUACGGCCAUUUGUAUUUGCGCCUAAGGAAUUGAAUUCUCAUUAUAGGUGUAAUAAAGUAUAAUAUGCCAAAACCCAGCCGACAGUAUUAAUGAAAAUUAUAAAUUAUCAUAAAUACAAUAGAGUCUUGAUUGUCCGAACCAAAUAAACCACGGGUAUUCCGUAUAAUCGAAAAUCCGGAUAAUCGAUUUCAAAGUCGAAUCGAACAAUAAAUUUUAAUAUUUUUUUUUAUUAUGAAAAAGGUUUUAUAUACAUAAUUUAGACAAUACAAUAUAAAAGAAAACUACGAGCUAUAAAUAUAAUGGAUUACAUAAUAUCUAUUUACCCAAUUAAUACCAUAAAACCAUUUCUAAAUCGGUAAUUAGAGCCGUGAAGAAUAAGUCCGGAUAAUCGAAUAUUCGGAUAACCAAUGUUCGGAUAAUCGAGAUUCUACUGUAUUUCACUACACUUACCAGCUCAGAUUUCACCACUUACUAUUCAGCUCACAGUCCAGACGUCACUAAUUUUAAAUAGACUUUUUAAAGAAAAACAUAUAAAUAUGAUAGUGUUGUGGUCGUGCGUAGUGAGUAUCGAGUAACUAUGAAACAUACUGCAAAAUUAUAUGUAAUAUAUAAUAAAUGUAUAACAAUAAUCGACACAAUAACAGAUGAUUUGUUCAAAUAAAUUAUUUAUUCACAGUAGUAUGUCUUUGCAUAUUUUUUUUUUUUGUAAAAAAAAAGUUGAAUGAUACCAUUGACCAACGACAUAUAUUUCAUAAAAGUAGUACUGUAUUUUUUUAGUUUUUUUUUUUUAUGUGCAGUUAAGUAAAUGGAUGGAUAUGCGAUAAGAGGUACAGUUUUUUUUUUUUUUUAAUUUAGGAAUACCACUGAAAGUAAACAUUAUAUAGAGUUCUAGAGAUCUCAUACUACAUAUGUACAGAAUACUUGGAAUGUAUUUAUUGGAACCAAGCCAAUUCGUGUGAUUAUUAUUAUGUAAGUGAGCAAAUAAAGACAUACUACAAUGAAUAGACAAUUAUAGUGAAUUUAUUGAUUAGCUAGUGCAAUUUAGAUAUAUUAUUAUUUAUUUGCAAAACGGUUGGUAAAUGUUUAAUCAAAUAAUACCAUUCCAGGAAUUAUCACUGAACAAACAUUGUAAAAUUAUAACGGCCGUUCACACUUUGAAAUUAUUUAUUUAUUUAUAUAUAUACAUAGUUUUGUUGAGCUUUACAAAUUUACCAAUGCACUAACCAAAAACUAAAUAAUCAUUUUUGUAUCAUUAUAGAUACAAUAAUGGUAAAUAAUAAUAAAGAAAAUGUAAUAAUGAUGUAAAGAAUAAAUAUUAAAAAUGCAUUUCUGCUUAAUUUGUUACCUCUCUGCAAAAAUCUUUUAUAAAAAAAAAUUGUUUAUAAAUAAAAUACAUGUGAAAUUGUUUUAAGGAUGGGCUAUUAAUAUUACUAUAUGUAACUCAAUUGAUAGAAUUUCUUUCUCAAUUAAGAAAUUUAUUUUUGUUCGAUUAUUACAAAAAUGAAUGACUGAAAACAGAAAACAUGUUGUUCUUAUUUGGCCAAUACAUUUAUUAGAAUAAAUAAAUAAUUUUUAUUUAACGAAAUGAUUGUUGUAAUUUUAUACUGAUACUAGCUUUCCGUCUGCUAUUGCGUACACGUGAAUUUCAGAAGUAAUAAUACUAAUGAAAUAGUUCACUCUAGAUGCGCCACCAAGACGAAACAUAUACCAGGUUUUAAGUUACAUCUCUCGGAACAAGACUUUGUAAACAUAUAAUUUGGUGCAACAGUUUUUGCGUGAUAUUGGUACAAACAUACAGACAGACAAACUUUCUAAAAUGUCUUUCAUGUACAAACAUCAUCUAGUUACAAUUUUGUUAUAUUAGUAAGAUUUUAUUUCAACAAAAAUUAUGUGAAAUUUCAAUGUCGUAUGAAAUUGGUUUGGUAUACGAUUCUAAACAAUAUAUUUUCAGGCAAUUAUGUUUACAUUUUGACCCAGACAUAUCUUUCUAUACAUUAUAAUUUAUUUCAAAGUGUGCGCGGCCUAUCUUUACAUAAUUUUUCUAAAAUAAUUAACGAAUAAAAUUCAACAUGUAAAUCACCUAAUUCAUUACAUAUAUCUUCACUAUGUACAGCAUUUAAAAAAAUGUAGUUGUCAUUUCUUCAAAUUACCAUAAAUAGUUCGAAAUACAUAUUUUAUACAAUCACAAUGAUUUUAGAAUAUUUAAAAUGUAAAUUACAGAUGUAAUUAAUAUUUUAAAUAAUUUAGUAACAUUCAAAAUUAUUUUUAAAUGUAAAUUUGAAUGUAUUUUAUAAUUUGUAAUGUGUAUAACAUUGUGAGGUCGACAUUGUUAAAGUUAGCAAAUGACCUCUAUAAUUUGAAUGUAAUGUAACAUAUAACAAAGUAAAUCUCAUGUAAUAAAAAAGUGACUAUCCAUCAAUACAGUGAGAGAGCUAAAAUAACAGUCUAAAAUUCCUAAGUAUCAUAACCAAUAUUUUUGUUGUGAAUCAUCGCCAUAUCAGCUGUUAACUGUCCACUGCUGAAUAUAGGCCUCUUAUAUCAAGAGAUUUUGCCAGUAAUUGCCAACGCUUUGCAGGUGAGUUGGCAACCGCAGUAAGGCUUUGAUGAUGUUUUAAGAGGGACGCUACUGCCCAUCCAUUAAUCAUUAGAUUCCUGUAGUCGCCUCUCACGACACCCACGGGAAAGGAAGUGGUAGCCCAUUCUAUGCUGGGACUACACCGCUAAUUGUUGUCAGUGUUACAUUACAAUUAAACUAGUUAUACAUAAAUUAAUGAUUUAUUUUUCUCUUCACAAAAUGCAGUAAAAACCAGCUUGAGGUACAAUUUAACAUGUGACCCAUAGCAACUCGAGGUACAAUUUAACAUGUGACCCUGGUUUUAUGAGAGACUGGUGUCCGCAGUAGGUUUUGAAAAGACCUGUAACUUUAAUAUAUACGAGUAAUCUAUUCAGUACUUUUUGUAACAUGUUUGCAAUGGUCAUAUGAUGACAAUUUUACUACAAUCUUUUUUUAACGAGGUGCCUUUAUGUGAACAUUGCAAACAUAGGUAUGUUUCUUAUACGCAGUAUAUUACACAUACUAUUAGCGUAAUUAUAUUGCAAUGAAAUGUAAACAGUUUUUAUUAAAAUAAUAUCGUAAAUAAAUGAUAGUGAUAGCCCGAAUUUGAUAUGAAGUUCGAAUAAUUAUUAAACGAGAGUUUAAUGAUGAGAAUUAUACAAAAAAGUGCUGUAAUUUUUUAAAUUAAAGAUCGCGGAGCGUUGUUUCGUGUGCAAAAAGAAAAAAUGUUUUAUUUAAUAAAAUAUCUCAAAGUUGUCAUUUAAAGGGUUUACAUUGUACUGCAUGCAAAUAUAUCAACCUUAUGCAAAUGUUCACGACCUAUUAAACAAAAUAAGCUGAAUGUAGAUAGUGUAUAAUAAUAUCACGCGAUCACUUAGAUAUUUUAGGGAAUGUUAUGGUAUUUAAUUUUAAGUGAGUUGUUAUUUACGAAGGUUGAAUUAGCUAAAGUUGAUGACUGAUCUUUCUCAUUUCAACGUAAUGUAACAUGUAAAGAACAUGUUACAUUGCAACAUGUUUGUAAUGUAACAUGUUAUAUUGUAUCUUGUGUGUAAUGUAACAUGUUACAUUGUAAUUUCUGUGUAAUAUAACACGACUAUUUCUUUAUCAUCGAAACAACAAUUCAAGCCAAAAUAUCUGACAUCGGAGCCUCAUUUCCUACUCGUUACGAAUCUUACAUUAUGCAAAAUUUUAGGUCAGUCGUUGGCAUAAAAUUUCCUUCCCAUUUUGUUCAAAGUUUUUUUUACUGAACAUUUUAGAUACAAUUCUGUUCCAAUUAUUUUAACUUAUGUUGGACGGAAAAUGCCGCAAGAGCAUGAACCUUGCAUAUCCAUACAGUUUAGGUAUUUGUAUAGUUCUGCGAAUGUGUAAUAGCUAUUAUAUAUUAUAUAUAUAUAGUACACAGGCUUUAAGGGAAGACCCAUAACUGUUUACAAUAUUAGUUCAACCAAAUGGACUUUCCUACCGUGAAUUAAUUUAAUUGCAUAUUUUGUUUGAGGGUUGAUUUAAUCGUGUUGGUUUUUAGAAAAAAUUGUUGUCUAAAAUUUUUAAAUUUAAGGUUUUUUUCUCUUGCUAUGUUAGAUAUGGGUUAGCGUAUUGUAAAUUACCAAAUGCGAUCAAAGCCGAUCGUAAUCAGUUUAAAGGAUUUGAAUUUUGUUUACGCUGUUAUGUACUUUCUAUGACAGUUCUUAGGGGUUAUUUUUUAAUGGUUCCUACAACUAUUCCUUUCUCGAUUUUUUUUAAUAAUUAUUUGUUUUACUUCUCACAAUGUUUAAUUCUUUAUUAAAAUACUUUUGUUGUAUUCUUAACUAUGUUUUAACAAUAAAAAAAAAAAAAGAAAUAAUAGAAAUUCGAUGACAAAUAACAGAACUCUAAGUGGACAAAAUGUCCCCCGUUUAUACAAGACUUUAAUGGAAACCUCCUUGGGUUCAAUGAGGACCCAGCGACAAUCUUUGUCAGGCCCUAUAAAGGUAAUGCAUUUGAUUUGUUGUGUCUAUUUUUAAUUUUAUAAAUACGUGCACCUUGCUAUGUUCUAUUAUUCUAAUGUAUAAUAACUUAAAAAAAUGCUGUUCUUCAUGUGAUGUAAUUGCUCACGAUCAAUUUUAUUGUUAUUUAUUAUAACUCAAUCAUUUUAACUAGUUGAUAUUGUUGAGCAAAACCUGACGCUGAUUUAUAUACUUAUUCUUUUUUUUAAUCGUAUUAUUAAUGUAUACUAAAUACGAUUUUAAACAUUAGCAAACGUCAAAGACAUCAGAAUUAUGUAUUACCCAUGGUAUUGUUUAUACCUAUAGGUAAUAGUUACCGCUUUCCAUCAGGUGAGCUGUUAGCUUAUUUGCCAUUCUAAGUUGUAUAGAAAAUUACAAUUUUUUUAAGGAAACUGCGUCGGUUUUUAAUGAACGAUCUGUAGAUCGGUUAGUCGCAUCAAAGUGCAUUUGUGUUAACUACAGUGAAAAUUUUGACACUCUUCUUCCAAGUCUGUCAUCAUAACAGUUUGAUACUCAGAUUUUUUUUUUUAUAUAUGUGCCAAAUUUCAGUUUAUUUUGAAAACUGUUGUAUAAAAUUACUUGCAAAAUUUGUUUCAAAAUAUAUUUAAUAAGACAGUUAUGGUUGGAUAGUUUACUCGCAAAUUAGAGAUGAAAUUGCCUUCAUUCAAUUUAAUCAACUGACAUUUAAUCGCAUGAGCAUGUAAUUCGAUUAAAAAUGUCGUAAGUUAUGAAUGAGAAUAAUGUUUUUGUCAACUGUAGUUUUGUUUUGAAAUGUAGUUAACAAAUCAUAAUAAAAUAUAUCUUGUUCCGUACUUAUUUUGGUUUAUAUUUAGUCUGACACAAUAGCAAGAGUACGUUAGUGAGUGGUCGACUUAUUUCAAACGACUUGUUAAAAUAAUUGAGUGUAUAUUUAGAAUUAAGUCUAAAGUAUUGUUAAAAACAUUGGUACUAUUCUGUUAUUUGCUUUUGUAUUAGUUUGGUAUAAUUUGCAUUUGUUUAAAGUUACGUAACGCGUAAAUUACAUGUGGUAAAUUGGUAUCUAAGUUAGGAACUGUGUAAAUUGUGUAAUCUAGUUACGAGGCAUGUAUAUUACAAUUUUGCGUGUUGCAAGUCUCGUAAAUUACGGGUACUAAUUUCGUAAUUCGUGUAAAUUACGCGUAGAAAUUUAGUGACUUGCAAUCGCGUAAAUUACGCGAUUUUAUGAAUUGCAUGUCGCAAAAAUUACGUGCCACAACCCGUUAGAUUACAUAUGUGCUGCACAAGUAUUUUAUGUAAAUGUAAUUGGAUACGGUGAAAUUAAAUGAAGACUAACUUUAAUAUUUUAUUUUUGUCAUGUUUUUCCAUUCUAUUAAAAAUUUUUAUUCCUCUAUACGAACAAUAUUUAGCUAAGGAUUUUAUGUAUUUAGCUAAACAAAUUACAAGGUUACCAAAUGAAUUAGAAUUUAUUAAGUUAAUGGUAAUAUGGUCUAAUAAUUCAUCGUUCGGCCCUAAUGUAUCGGUUUUACCUCACAUCUUUCAUAAUAAUUGUAUAAAAUUUUUGAACAGUGUUUUUUUUUUAAUGGAGCCACGAAUGUAUUAAAUUGAUAGAAUGGUUAUUAGGGUGCGUAUUCACUAUAAUUCAUUAUUCGUUUCGAAAUGAACAUUACAUCUAAUUAAAUAUGCUAUGCUCCCGGUCGAUACGCACCUUUAUAUGUUUAAUUCGAAUGUAAUGAAAAGAUGUGAGUGCGGUUGCAUUAGAUUGUGUAAUCUGUAUAUUAAAAUGGGUAUUUGUUUCUGUCAAAAGUGUUUAUAUAAAAUAAAAAGGAAAUACUGCCA